AUGCCUCUAGAGAAACUUGCAUUAGCCCUGGUCUUUGCGUCUCGGAGGCUCAGAAGAUACUUCCAAGGGCAUAAGGUCACCUUGGUCGCUGAUCAACCCCUCCAGAAAGUGCUUAGAAAACCGGAACAGUCAGGACGACUUGCUAAAUGGGCCGUAGAACUAGGAGAACACUCUCUAGAGUUCAAGCCCAGGACAGCCACGAAGGGACAGAUACUGGCUGACUUCCUAGCAGAAGUACCCGAGGACGAAAAGAGGGAACUACAAAAGUGGGAAACUUUGGAGGAAGAAGAAAGAAGGAGGGAGGACGAAGCCGUCUGGAAGUUGUUCACUGAUGGAACAUCCAGUGAAGAAGGGAAUGGUGCAGGCAUCACGUUGAUAAGCCCCGAUGGGGUUGAACUGACAUAUGCUAUAAGGCUGGAUUUCGAAAACACCAACAAUACCGCCGAAUAUGAAGCCCUCCUAGCAGGGAUGAGAUUGGCACAGAAGAUGAAAGCAAAACACGUGGAGGCUAUUACCGAUUCACAGUUGGUAGUGAAGCAGUAUCAGGGGGAAUAUGAAGCAAAGGAUAGCAUCAUGGCUCGGUAUGUGGCAAAAGUUAAAGAGACAGCCAAGGCAUUCAGAACUUUCAAACUGGAAUACAUCCCUCGAGGGAAGAACAGGAAAUCUGAUGCACUCAGCAAGUUAGCUUCAGUAGCAUUCGACCACCUCGCGAAGGAGGUCAAAGUAGAGGUCCUGACAUCCCCCUCCCUGGACGUAACGGAAGUAGCCACAAUCGAAGGUUCCCAAGAAACAUGGAUGACUCCAAUUGUUAAAUUCCUCCGGGACGGGACCUUACCUGAGGGGGAGUGGUCGGCCAGAAAGGUAAGAGUCAAAGCCCUACAAUAUGAACUGAUUGGGGAAGAGCUAUACCGAAGGUCGUACCUGGGUCCGUCCCUAAAGUGCAUAGACAUGGAAGAAGCCGAAUAUGUGAUCAGGGAAAUGCACGAGGGAAUCUGUGGAAUGCACUCAGGACUAAGAACGGUUGUAAGAAGGGCAAUGAAUGCAGGAUUCUACUGGCCACGAAUGUACGAGACGACAUCUGAAGAAAUCAAGAAGUGUGAUAACUGCCAAGUACAUGCACCAAUGACCCAUCAGCAUAAACACCCUAUGGUCCCAGUCUCGACAUCUUGGCCAUUCCAAAAAUAG